GCGGCGGGACGGGCGGGGGCGGUGCAGCCCGGCAGCCGCCGAGGCUUCCUUCUCGUUCUUUCGCUAGCUCGCGCAGCGGCGGCAGCAGAGGUCGCGCACAGAUGCGGGUUAGACUGGCGGGGGGAGGAGGCGGAGGAGGGAAGGAAGCUGCAUGCAUGAGACCCACAGACUCUUGCAAGCUGGAUGCCCUCUGUGGAUGAAAGAUGUAUCAUGGAAUGAACCCGAGCAAUGGAGAUGGAUUUUUAGAGCAGCAGCUGCAGCAACAGCAGCCUCAGUCCCCCCAGAGACUCUUGGCCGUGAUCCUGUGGUUUCAACUGGCACUGUGCUUUGGCCCAGCACAGCUCACGGGUGGGCUGGAUGACCUCAACGUGUGUGCUGAUCCAGGCGUACCAGAGAAUGGCUUCCGGACCCCCAGUGGAGGAGUUUUCUUUGAAAGUUCUGUAACCCGGUUUCACUGCCAAGACGGAUUCAAACUGAAGGGCUCUACCAAGAGACUGUGUAUGAAAUAUUUUAAUGGGACCCUAGGCUGGGUCCCGAGCGACAGACCCGUCUGCAUACAAGAAGACUGCCGCAUCCCCCAAAUUGAAGAUGCUGAGAUUCAUAACAAGACAUACAGACAUGGAGAUAAGUUAAUCAUCACCUGUCAUGAGGGAUUCAAGAUCCGGUACCCUGACCUAUACAACAUGGUCUCAUUAUGUCGUGAUGAUGGAACAUGGGAUAACCUGCCCAUCUGUCAAGGCUGCCUGAGACCUCUAGCCUCUUCCAAUGGCUACGUGAACAUCUCGGAGUUCCAGACCUCCUUCCCCGUGGGAACUGUGAUAGCCUAUCGCUGCUUCCCUGGAUUUAAACUCGAGGGUUCUGGGUACAUUGAAUGCUUACACAACCUUAUCUGGUCAUCCAGCCCACCCCGGUGCCUUGCUCUGGAAGCCCAAGUUUGUCCACUACCUCCUAUGGUGAGUCACGGAGAUUUCAUCUGCCACCCGAGGCCUUGCGAGCGCUACAACCACGGGACCGUGGUAGAGUUCUACUGUGAUCCCGGCUACAGCCUCACCAGUGACUACAAGUACAUCACCUGCCAGUAUGGAGAGUGGUUCCCUUCCUACCAAGUCUACUGCAUCAAAUCAGAGCAAACGUGGCCCAGCACCCACGAGACCCUCCUGACCACGUGGAAGAUCGUAGCAUUCACAGCCACCAGUGUGCUGCUGGUGUUACUGCUCGUCAUCCUGGCGAGAAUGUUCCAGACCAAGUUCAAGGCCCACUUCCCCACCAGGGGUCCUCCCAGGAGCUCCAGCAGCGACCCCGACUUCGUGGUAGUGGACGGUGUGCCUGUCAUGCUUCCGACCUAUGAUGAGGCUGUGAACGGAGGCUCGCGUGCCUUAGGCCCCGGGUACCUGGCCGCUGUGGGCCAGGGCUGUCCUCUUCCUGUGGAUGACCAGAGCCCUCCAGCAUACCCCGGCUCCGGGGACACGGACACGGGUGCUGGGGAGUCAGAACCCUGUGACAGCACCUCGGGUUCUUCUGAGCUGCUCCAGACUCUAUAUUCAGCUCCCGUGUGCCAAGGGGGCAGCCACCCUGCCCCAGACACCCCUGACACGAUUCCGAGCACAGCAGGGGAGGUGGCAUCCACCAGCCCAGGCAUCGACAUCGCAGAUGAGAUCCCUCUCAUGGAAGAAGAUGCCUAGCCGGGCCAAGUCAUGGUCAUUCCACUGUUCUCUUUGGGGGAAAGAGCCUUGACCCUUGGAGUGAGGCCACAAGCAGACAGAGCCUGGGGGAGACCAGGGCGUUUUCUAAUCUAUCUACGUGGGGACAGCGAUCACACCACUCGUCUCCAACAGGACUGCGAGUCUUAGAACCAGCAGCAACAGUGCUUUUCAGUGAGACCCACAGGUUUGUCACGGCCUGCAGGGAACCAAGGACUCUCUGCAUCCCCCAAUGACAGCGUUGAGCGUCUCUUGCUCCAGAGCGUGAGACAGUGCCGCACACAUCCCAACGAAUCACAUAUCCUGUUGGUUUGUGUUAACAGCACUCCCUGCCCCUCUGCCAGCAUGUCACAUUGUGUCAAUCUGCUUUUAAAAUCUGCUUUGAACUGUCUAGGGACUCUAGAUCUGGACAGGUCUGCCACUGUAGAAAGCCCAUGUUAAUCGGCCAGCCCAGGAGCAGAUCCUUCUCCUAUCACUUGUUAGAAAGGCAAGACUCCCAAGGCAAGACUCUCGUGUUACAUCUGUAUCAGGACCACUGUCAAAGCAGGAUGAGCGGUUCAAAUGAGAAACAAAAUGAAGAAGCCGACUCUGCUUUCUGGAAAUUUCCUCACGCAGAGAGCCCUUCCUCCCUCCCCCCCCACACACACACCCAUGCCCUGUGCUGUCCUCUGGUGACCAGCAUCGGUGUAUCCGUCCAUGGUCUGGCGGUGGAUCCAUGGCGUGGGAUAAACCUGGGCUUUCCUUGAUGAGAAUACAUCUUGUGGUGGACCAGGAAACUUGGUCAGGAUUGGUCUGGUAUUUCAGAGAGACACCACUCCCAGUUACCUGCUCAUGCCUUCCUCUGUGGGUCAUUGUUAUCACAUUGUUCCUGACCCCAAAUCUUAACCGUACUUUUAUUUUCCCAAACAGAAAGUGUCUGUAAAACACAUUCUGCAUCCGAGGAAAGUGUAAGUCAGAUCUUUUGCACCCCCGGCCCCCCAGCUCUCUGUUUUGUCCCGCGAAGUCUGAAGGCUGGCCUCCCAGCCCCAAGUCACCCGGCUCUCUUGCUUUCAGGGGGCCUUUGGCCCUGUCUGCCUGACAUCCUGCAUUCCUCCUGUGAGGGUCUCAUGAUGCCCACUGGGUGUUGUGCCUAAGAAAUCGAUUGGUUUUUAGAGACUCCCCAGUGCAGAAGCGUCUCAUCAAAUACAUGUUGGUCUGUGGUGUUGAUUCCGUUCCUCCUCUGGGUUUUAAACAAAUAUAACCACAACCCUCAUCCAUAAAAAUCACUGUGCUGGCGAGCAGCAGCGAGGGCUGGAAGCUUGAGCGAGUCCUGUUUUCUCUUGACACAGACUGAUUAAAAAUUAAAAAGAAAAUGA